CUUUGACCCUCAUCAAUACCUAAUCACUGUUGGCAUCAAUGAUAGCGGGUGGGUGGUGUGAAGAAAUAAAAACCUGGUAUCAAUCUCCCUGGCCAGUCCGUGUCAUCUCGGAGUACAUAUGUAUGAUCCUCGACUGUCGCUUUCUUCACACAUCCUCCUUCCUCGACCUACGACCAUGUCCUCGUAACAUCAACUAUACUGCUGCCGCCAGGGUGACACAUCUUUCCCCAGAGAGAGAAAGCAUAAUUCCUCGACCCACCAAGCAUUUCCCUCCAACUCAUUGCGCCAUACCAUCUAGCAGCCAGCGGUCAGACAGCAACCAUACAAUCAUGGCGUCCCCCAAAUCAAGGCUCGCCAGCAUCGCCGCCCAUCUCUUGCCCUCACAUCCUACCAGUGGAGUGUCCAUUGACAAUCUCACCAUCGAUAAUCACAAGGUUGGCACCACAUCAUGGUACAAUUACCACACCCUUUCCCCUACCUUCUUUCUCCCACGAGCUGCUCAGAUUGAGCCCAACGCACCCGCCAUCUACCACCGUGCGGCAAAUGAUAAGAUUGUUCGGAGGACAUAUCAAGAGUUUGCCGAUCGUGCUCGUGGAUUUGCCUAUUUUGUCAAGAAGCGAGGAUACAAGAGAGUAGGAAUUCUAGCCACCAACACACCCGCGUUCCUCGAGGCCAUCUACGGCAUUGGUGGAGCUGGUGCCAUCAACAUCGCCAUCAAUUAUCGCCUGAAAAAGGAUGAUAUCGCUUACAUCUUUGAACAUGCCGAGGCAGAUGCCAUCCUGGUUGAUGCAGAGUAUGUUGAUUUGCUCGAGGACUACCGAAAAGCCCACCCUAAUGUCCCCAUCAUCAUCGACACAGACACCGAUGUGACCCAAGGUCCAGACUGCGGGCCGUUCAAUCAAGCCAUCCUGGAAGGAUAUGAACAUGAAAAAACACUGUCUGUGCAGGGCUGGUCGGGACUUCAAAUGCAAGCCCCCGAUGAGUUGGGCGUCAACGCUCUUGCAUAUACUUCUGGCACCACUGCGCGACCCAAAGGGGUCGAAUAUACACACCGAGGGUGCUACCUGGCCGCGAUUGCAAAUGUGGUUGAAUCUGGGCUGGCAUAUCAUGAUGGAGAUCGCUGCAGGUAUCUUUGGACACUGCCCAUGUUUCACGCCAUGGGCUGGACCUAUCCGUGGGCGGUGACGGCUGCUCGAGGCACGCACUACUGCCUGCGAAAGAUCGACUAUCCCGAAAUCUGGAGACUGUUGAAGGACGAGCACAUUACGCAUUAUUGUGCCGCUCCCACCGUCAACACGUUACUGUGUGCGGACAAGAACAACGUCCAACUUCCCAAGCCCGUCCGCGUCACCGUCGCCGCCAGUCCCCCCACAGCACAUCUGUUUGAAGAAAUGACUCGUCGAAAUCUGCACCCUGUGCACGUGUACGGUCUGACGGAAACGUAUGGGCCCAUCACCAAGGGCUACAUCCUGCCCGAGUGGCACGAGUAUCCCAAUGUCAAGGACAAAUAUGCCAAGAUGGCACGCCAGGGUCACGGUCUGGUGACGUCCCUUUCGGCGCGCGUCAUCAAGACUGAUGUCCCCGAAGGCGUGAUCCAGGAUGUGGAGAAAAACGGCGAGGAGAUUGGCGAGAUUGUCUUUGUUGGCAAUCUUUGUGCACGAGGGUACUAUAAAGACGAAGAAGCCACAAGGAAACUGUACCUCGGUGGAGUGUCACAUUCUGGAGAUCUGGCCGUGUGGCAUCCGGACGGCGCAGUUCAGAUUCUGGAUCGGGCAAAGGACAUUAUCAUCUCCGGUGGCGAGAACAUCUCAUCUGUUGCCCUGGAGGCCUUACUGAUCACCCACCCGGACAUCCUUGAAUGCGGAGUGGCAGCCAUCGCCAGUGAAAAAUGGGGAGAAUCGCCAAAGGCAUUUGUGACCAUAAAGCCUGGCUGUAACACUUCUGGACAGGACAUCAUUCAAUGGGCUCGGGAUCAUCCUGGCAUCAGCCGAUUCCAAGUACCCCAGGAGGUGGAAAUCGUGCCCGAGUUGCCCAAAACGAGUACAGGAAAGAUCCGGAAGAACGUACUCCGGGACUGGGCCAAGGGCAAACCUCGAGGAGGAGAGUAGGGUGGCCGAGGCAGAUGCGUGGCGAAGACAUGGAUUUUUUUCGAUGCCAUGUUGUGUAUAUAGUUCACCUGCCUUGGAGGGGUGGCAGUAGUUGCAUGUAUGGAUCGAUGAUAGCAUUCGACUGUGUUAUUAUGUUAUCAUGGGCAAGCCUGGUCCAGCGUGGCGCAGAUGUGACUGUGGUUGAUAAGCUCACCCAGCAUAUAGGAAUAAGUCGUUACACAUGAUACGUACCUAGGUAGAUACCUAAAUUGUUGGUGUCGGCGGUUAGUGAACAAGGCAGGUCACGCCUGGCCCUGGUGUGUGCCAGGUUGGAUCAGAUUAGUCAGUCCAUACCUUUUGUAGACGGAAUCAGGUGGAAUUGAGCAUGAUGGAGGGUUUGUAAUCCACGGACUGAGAAAUGUACCAGUACAUGAAUACCUAACCCAUUCAUAAGAUAAG